GAUGAGCAGAGUGUCCCAUCAGCUGGUCGGCUACGUCCUGAGCAGGAGGCCCAGCGCAACCCAGCAACAUGAACAGCAGAGGACUGAUGGUAGCAAUCCCCACCCGCUACAUUGUGUCUUUCAUGGCGUUCAUGGGGAUCGCUGUGCAGUACACACUCAAGGUCAACCUGUCGGUAGCCAUCGUGGCUAUGGUCAAGACUGAGACGGCUUCCACUUCUCAUAUGAUCACUGACGUGUAUCCAUACAGCAACGACACAGCAUCACAGAGUGAGCCAGCCAGUGGCGGGGAGCUGGAAUGGGAUGAGGCUGACCAGGCACAAGCUCUGUCCAGCUACUACUAUGGCUAUGUGGCUACACAGCUGUUAGGGGGCUGGGUCUCUGAGUGUUUCGGUGCACGAUAUGUGUGUGGGCCUGCUGUACUGGCUGCAGGGUUGCUCUCAUUAGCUGCACCGGCCGCUGCACGAGCGGGGCUGCCAGCCUUCAUUGUACUACGCAUCGCAGUUGGAGCAGUCUCGGGUGUUGUAUUGCCUUCGGUCCACUGCUUAGUUGCAAAAUGGCUCACUCCAAAAGAAAGAACACAAUUAACAGGAUUAAUAUUUUCUGCUCCCAGUUUUGGAACCCUGAUUGCCAUGGCCAUUUCUGGCCUAUUGGUUGGAGCCAGUGAUUGGCCAAUGGCUUUCUACUUGUUUGGAGUAAUUGCAGUUAUCUGGUUUAUACCCUGGAUUUUUCUGAUUUAUGAUUGUCCUAGCAAACAUCCACGUAUUUCUCAAAAAGAGAAGUUGCAUAUACUACAAGGACUUGGUGUAAAAGAAGAUAGAGAAAAGGUGGCUGUACCAGUGCCAUGGGGCAAGCUGCUAACAUCCGUGCCUGUGUGGACAGCAAUACUGUUUCACUCUGGUACUGCCUGGGUUAUGUUCACAUUAUUGAGUGAACUACCAACAUAUCUGAAUACAGUGAUGCACUUGAGCCCUGAAAAGAGUGGGACAUUAUCAGCAGUGCCAUACCUCUUCGCAUGGAUUACUGGAAGCUUUUUUGGAUUCCUUUCACAAUGGCUGAGGGACAGAGGGUGGCUCUCUCAUCUAGCAGCAUACAAAGUUUUCAAUGGAAUUGCAGGAUUGGGUAGUGCAGCAGCACUUCUGGGAGUUACUCUGGCGGAAUGCGAUGAAACAGCUGUUGUGGUGUUGAUGGUGGUCACCACAGUGGCUAGCAGUGCACUGUAUGGUGGCAGCUGCCUCAACCACAUGGACCUCGCCAGGAACUUCUCUGGCACCAUUGCUGGCUUGCUGCAUACUAUCAUCACUGUUACUGGCAUUCUGGCACCUGUCACUGUUGGUGCUCUCACCCAAGGCAAUAAAACAUUGGCACAGUGGGACAAGGUGUUCUACAUAGCUGCUGCUACUUCUGCUGGUACUUACUUCUUAUACCUCGCAUUUGGAUCUGUUGAUGAACAGCCUUGGAAUGACCCACGAGAAAGCAAAUCCAUAACAAGAAAUGGAGUUCACAACAUAGAAGAGGAAAGCAACUAUAUCCCAGGAGAACAGGUCAACAAUUAUAUCUCCACAGACCAAGACAGCACUGAAAACUUCUCAGAAGAGGCUCAUGAAAUUAUUAAUUAUUAUAUAGAAAACACCAUUAAUCUUAACUCUAACUCCGCAGGGCGGGACAGCAAUCAUGCAGACCAGGAAAGCAACAGUGUUCUAAAAGAUCAAGCCAACAAUUACACCUCCUCUGAGCAGAACAGCUGUCACAGCUUUUCGGAAGAGGCCCGUGAAAUUAUUAAUCAUUAUGUAGGAGGGGCCAUUAAUCCUAUAAAAGAUAGCAAUCAUGCAGACCAGGAAAGCAACAGUGUUCUAAAAGAUCAGGCCAACAAUUACACCUCCUCUGAGCAGAACAGCUGUCACAGCUUUUCGGAAGAGGCCCGUGAAAUUAUUAAUCAUUAUGUAGGAGGGGCCAUUAAUCCUAUAAAAGGUAGCAAUCAUGUAGACCAGGAAAGCAACAGUGUUCUAAAAGAUCAGGCCAACAAUUACACCUCCUCUGAGCAGAACAGCUGUCACAGCUUUUCGGAAGAGGCCCGUGAAAUUAUUAAUCAUUAUGCAGAAGGGGCCAUUAAUCCUACAAAAGAUAGUAAUCAUAACUCAUGAUAUACUCAGAGACGAUUGUGAAAAUAUAUGAAUAAGUAAAGUUGUAGGAUCAUCAAAGAGAAGUGGCAUAUUGAUACUGCACAUUUUCUUGGAUUAUUUGUGGGCAUAAUUGCAAAAGAAAAUGAGAAACAUUUUAUUCCUCUGCAGCAAUUAAAUAGUAUCCAAGUAAAAAUAAUGCUGGACUGUAAUGUUAACCUUACUUGAUAUGUAUUCGAAA